AUGCCCUCUGAAAAGCGCAGACCCCGAGAUGCUGCUUCAACAACAACGACAGAUCAGGACGCUUCGGCUCAUUCUGGCGAAUCUCAGGAAACCAAGGAACUGCGUUUUGAGAUUCAGCGCUUGAGGUCGGAGAUGGAGCUCUUUAUGCGAAGUCAUCGCAAUGUCACAGGACAAGUAGAAAGCCCCCGGGACUACGAAGCACAACAGGAUCUCCCAGGCAACUACUCUUUGGCAGAUCCCUCAGGCGAAGGAGCGUCUGGGACGGUCGCUUUGGAUUGUUCUCCGCUCGGAGCUCAAACGGAUACCUUUGAACUCCCUAACUCUUGGUCGAAUCCUAUCGCUCUUGCUUCUCAAGUCAGAAGCGUUGUCCCAUCCAACAACAGAAAAAAACGAGGGGUCACGCAUACAACUUUUACACUGUCGCUUCCUCCACCUACAAUACUCCAAAAGCUGAUUGACGGCUUCUUCAGCGAAUAUCAGACAUACUUUCCUUACAUCCGCCGGACUUUUUUCCAGGAAAGAAUGACUGACAUUCUUCGUGGUUAUCCCUACACAGAGCAGCACACUACGAUCGCCGUGGAAUUUGCCCAUUGUUAUAUUUUUGCGCUUCUAUGUAAUAUGAUGGCCAUUUCAGAGUCUGUUCACUCCAAGCCCCUGGCUGUAGAGACCCUUGGUUUUGAAUAUUAUCUCCAGGGCCUGCGGCUCAUGCAGCAUUUUCAAGGUUCGGUUCAGGACUGUCUCGAACUGGCGGUCUAUCACACUGUGGCCGCAAAUUUUCUGAUCCAAUCUGAGCGUUUACGCUUAGCCGCAAAGGAAAUCACCCUCGCCAUCCAUGUCGCCUUGAGUGCCGGCCUUAACGACGAGACCCGAUGGGAACGGGAAGCCGAAGAAAUCGCAGACCGUACCGGAUUCUGGUGGGCUCUCUUCUAUCUCGAUCGCCGCAUUCACCAAAAGUGUGGAAUUCCCUACAUCCUUCGUGAGAAUGACAUCAACGUUGGCGAACCCGAUAUCAAAACUUGUCCUGAUCUGGACGAGACCGAGUGCCAUCUCUUGAAGAGUAUGUAUAGUUAUGCAAAGCUCUGGACUUCCAUUUGGGAUGCAAAUUUUGCGGCGAAGGCAUCGUCCAAAGAGCCAAAUUGGCACGACAUAAGGGUUCAAGAUGCGCAUAUCACAAUAUCGUACGACUCAGUCUGGCCAGGUCUCCAGUGGGACACCUGGCGAGUACAAGAAUAUCUCAGUGGCGACAAUGCGGAGAUCCGAAUCCGUCAACGUCUUAUUGUAUAUCUAAGAUUUCAAUUUCUUCGUCUGGGCAUUCGCCAUCGACGCAUCACCUCGGGAAUCGGUGAUGCAGAACGACGCAUGUCCAACUAUCAGCUGGCAUGCGACAUUAUUCGGGCUUGUGAAGCCUUCGUCAAUACAGCCCUCCCGCUGUUCCCAUUUGGGUAUGUCUUGACGACCUCGCUCGUGGAGUGCCUAUCUAUUCUUGUACGAGAAGAUAGAGAGGCGAGUGCUUGUAUGGAUAAUGCGAGCCUAGAUGAAGCGAUCAAGUCUGCCAGUACCCUUCUACGGACUCUGGCUCGAUCUGCGGGAUGGGGUCGCAGAGCGUGUGCCACGUUACAACCAGUGCUUCGCCCACAAGUCUCCGGCAUUGACUCUGUCCUUGCGGGGACCUCUGAUAUGCCCGAGGGGAGGAUGAACGACGCUGAUCCCCAUCGUUUUGAUUCAUUUCCCAACAUUCCAAACGACUUCUUCUAUGGAUUCGCAGAUAAUGAUUUUGACUCGGUCGCAAGAACCUUUGACGAUAUUUGGUUGCCGAGUAGACUGUCGGGGGGUCCAUUUAUAUGA